AUGAAUAUGUGGAGCCUGAAAGACAGACUUGGUCAGUCGUUUGCCCAUUUAGAAAGAACUUACACGGAUAAAGUGAACGCUAAAACAGCUCAUGAUUUGCGUGGCCAAGAAAGAACAGAAAAGAGUUUGGGUCGGAUUAGGAAUGAGAUAGAUAAGAAAGAGUCUAGACAAGAACAAAUGCUAAGACGGAAGAUAGAAGAGGAACAAAAAUCGGAGAUUUUAGAAAUCAAAAGUAAGAUAGAGACUCUUUUGAAAAUCACUCAAGAUAAAGAAAAGGCUCAAUUAGAUUCAAAAAGAUCUAAUGAGUAUUUAGAGUAUUUGGAAAGAAUGUCUUCAAGCUCGUCUUUGUCUCCGUGUGAGGCCUAUAAUGAUUCUUCAGAUACGACUUCAUCAUGUGCGCCGAAUCAAAUACCCAAUUCAAAUAUUGAGAUAAGCCGAGCCCUUCAAAGUGCUUAUGCUGCUUCUGCUUCAUCAAGUACCCAAAUGAACACUUUUAUGCGGCCGAAUGGGGCUACUCAAGCUCAGUCUUCUACUUCCUUAUCAUUUCAAUCUAAACCCAAUUCAUCUCAAUCACAACGAUCGCAGCCUAAAUCGAACACAUCUCAUUCGCAGCCUAAAUCAAACGCAUCGCAAUCGCAAUCUAAAUCCAACGCAUCUCAUUCACAAUCGAAACCUAAAUCUACGGGAUUGUUGGAUUCAUUGAAAGAGAAGCUUAGUAUCUGCUCACUUCUGCAGUCACCUUUUGAAGGGAGUAAGAAGACGUCAGAAAAUACUGAAGCUAAACCAGAACCAAGUGCUACUCUGAUGACCCAGGACAUGCCAAUGUCUUUGCGUACUUCUAAAGCCAAUAAGGCUAAAAGAGUUGCGGUCCUGGGCGGCCGCAUUCCAGCUAAUACCGAAACAUCCGCCCAAACUGGCCAGGCCGAAACAACAAGUCUUCCUAAUACUAGCCUAACCAGUAAUGCGUACCAGUUUUCUGAUCCAUCUUCACCAUCAAGCAGUUCAACAGGCUCACCACAAAUGGAUAGGUCCGGCCUUCCCCGGGCUCCUUCCAUUGAGGCACUUGAGAACAUGCUUGGCAAAGAGCCCGGCCAUGGCUCAACCAAUCAGGACUUAAAUGUCAAUGAAAUGCUAGCACUAAUUAAGAAGCAGGGAACAAUUGAAGAUGACGAACGUCUUUACGAAAUGAUAACCAAAACAAUUGAUAAGAUGAAAAAACGGCAUGAUUUUGAAGCAAUCAAAACUUCCAUGCAACUAGAUAUUGCUCGAAAGUACAUUAAAGACUUUAUCAAUCUCCGCUUGGCCCUGCAAAAGAAUCCCCCAAAAACUGACAGCAACUCCCCCACUAAACCCUCUAAGAAGCCCGAAUCGGGCAUUUACAAAGCCACCAAAUAA